GAUAAUUAGCACCAUGGAGCCUCAGGUGUCGAAUGGCCCUACUUCCAAUACAACCAAUGGACCCUCCAGCAACAGUAGGAACUGCCCUUCCCCCAUGCAGACAGGGGCUGCUACGGAUGACAGCAAAACCAACCUCAUAGUCAACUAUUUACCCCAGAACAUGACCCAGGAGGAGUUCAGGAGUCUCUUUGGGAGCAUUGGUGAAAUCGAAUCCUGCAAGCUCGUGAGAGACAAAAUUACAGGGCAGAGUUUAGGGUAUGGAUUCGUUAACUAUAUUGAUCCAAAGGAUGCAGAGAAAGCCAUUAACACUUUAAAUGGACUCAGACUCCAGACCAAAACCAUAAAGGUGUCGUAUGCCCGUCCAAGUUCAGCAUCGAUCAGAGAUGCGAACUUGUAUGUCAGCGGCCUUCCGAAAACAAUGACCCAGAAAGAAUUAGAGCAGUUAUUCUCACAAUACGGGCGCAUCAUCACCUCACGGAUUCUGGUUGAUCAAGUCACAGGGGUUUCUCGAGGUGUGGGAUUUAUCCGUUUUGAUAAGAGAAUAGAGGCAGAAGAAGCCAUAAAGGGACUAAAUGGCCAGAAGCCUAGUGGUGCUACAGAACCAAUUACUGUGAAGUUUGCCAAUAACCCCAGCCAGAAAACAAGCCAGGCACUCCUUUCACAGCUGUAUCAGUCUCCCAACAGACGUUACCCUGGACCACUUCACCACCAGGCUCAGAGAUUCAGGCUGGACAAUUUGCUUAAUAUGGCCUAUGGCGUAAAGAGGUUUUCUCCAAUCACAAUUGAUGGUAUGACGAGCCUUGUCGGAAUGAAUAUCCCUGGUCACACUGGGACUGGAUGGUGCAUCUUCGUCUACAACUUGUCUCCCGACUCAGAUGAGAGCGUGCUGUGGCAGUUGUUUGGUCCCUUUGGAGCAGUCAAUAAUGUCAAGGUGAUCCGUGAUUUCAACACCAACAAGUGCAAGGGAUUUGGCUUUGUCACCAUGACCAACUACGACGAAGCUGCCAUGGCGAUUGCCAGCCUUAAUGGAUACCGUUUAGGAGACAGAGUAUUGCAAGUUUCCUUUAAAACCAAUAAAACCCACAAAUCCUGAAUUUCAUAUCCUUACUUACUAAAAUAUAUAUAUAUA